AUGAAGGAAAAGCAAAGAGUUGAAGCAAUUUUGGAUGGAGAAGUAACAAUCAUUGACAUGUCUCCAAAAACUAAUAUUUUCCUCAUCAAAUGUAAUUGGGAAGAAUGUAAUUCAUCUUCAAUUCAGAAUCAGCAACCAACUUCAUCAACCGAUAAUAAUAAUAGAGACGCUCAUGAAAUUGAAAUCUCUCACGAAUCAACUCAUUCCACUCCUCAAGAAUCAUCAUCUUCCAAAUAUUCUCACAUUAAGAUUAAUAAGAAGGCAAAAUAUAUUCUGAUUGAUACUGGUACGAAUGGACAAGAGGAAAAACUAAUCAAGGUUUUAGAUAAGGAACUAGGCAUUACACCGAAUGAUCUCUCCCUGAUAGUAAUUACUCAUGCUCACAUGGAUCAUGCAGGUACUUGUUGGUAUUUGAAAAAGCACUUCCCUCAUGUGCCAAUUGCUGUGCCCGAUCUGGAAUAUGAAAUGCUCAGGAGGGGAGAACCAGCACCUAGCACACCAACUAAUUUAGUAGCUAAAAUUCUGUACAUUCGGGGGAGUAGAAAGAAGAUUUUACCUUUCGAGCCCGAUUUGAGAUUUAAGGGAGGAGAACAUUUGGAAGAGUUUGGAGUGAAGGCUUCCAUUGUUCAUAUGAAAGGUCAUACGGAGGGCAAUAUUGCAGUCAUGCUCGAUAAUAAGAAGGCUGCCAUUAUGAAUGAUGUCAUGAAGGGAGGUUUCUUCUCUUAUGGAAAGCCAGGUUAUCAUCUCUUCUAUGAUGACAAGAUGCAAAUUUUGAAGAAUAUCAAAUGGGCCUUUGAUGAAGGAUUUCAGACCUUCCUAGUAACUCAUGGAUAUGCAUUCACAAGGGAACCACUGAUUACUUGGCUAGAGAAGGAAUUGAAACAAAAUAAAUUAAUGUAA